AUGAACCCUAAAACGACUCUGAUGGACCUCUCGGGACCUUCAGUGGAAAAUGCGGUCGGAACCAAAACAAAGGAACCUCUUGAUCGCCAGAACUGCGUAGUCAUCCAUAGCACAUCGGAGUCGAAUGCUCCUACCCCAAAGGAGAGGAUUUCUGCUGACCUUGCUAUGUUUCAACACCUGUUUAGCAAUAGGCUUAAUUCAAAUAGAAAGGUAACCAUUCGCUCAGCCUUCAGGAUCGGUAAAUAGAGGAGCGAAAAAUCAGAAACUGUGUGACCGCGACCUCUUAAAGUUGUUUUAGACAGUAAAGAAGAGACUAGUUUAUUUCUGUCCACAAAAAGCAGUCUCCAAAACUCUUGCAAGGGGGUAUUUCAAUCGGACUACACUCUAGCGGAACGUCUGAAAUGUCGCGAGUUAGAGGCGCAACUAAAGAGGAGACUUGCAGCUGGAAGGAGGAACUUGGCUAUAUUUUAGGAGACGAGUGGUACAGAGGAGCACGAUAUCGCUCUGGAACUUGUCAGUGGUCAUAGUGGCGGCGGCAGCGUAGUAUCGGCAAACAUGAAUCAAACCGAGCUAAGCAAUAUCGAAUGUUGCAAACUUAAAUUCUUUUACACCAACGCUGAGAGUCUGUUUUCCAAGCUCAACGAACUGAGAAUACAAGUGGCCAAAAAGUCUCCGGACGUUACAACAAUAAAAGAAAAGUACCUGUGACAGAACACAGGUGAUUGCGAGGUUGCACUAUCGGGAUACCAAUUUUUUAGGAGAGACAGGAGGGAUCGUGAGGACGUAGGAGUUGCCAUGUAUGCAAAAAGCGCUUUAACGGCAUUCGAUUAGACCGACAAGAUUGCCGACGGCUCAGAGGCCAUUUGGCUGACAAUAAAGGUACUGGAGUCGCAGUCCCUGAAACUCGUAACUAUCUACUAACCAGCACAGACGGACCCCAACGCAGAUAUUUGUCCGCUGCAAAGCAUAAAAGAGAUUGGCAGUCGAACGGACAUUGAACUCACUGGGGAUUUUAAUGCAUCCUGCAUUCAGUGGAGCGAUAUGCAUGUGAAGUACCUGAAGUAUACCUUCGACUACCGUCUCCUAAAGACAACCGUAGAAGCUCUUCUCACAGAGCAUGUUCCAUUUUAAACUAGAGGGCGUGGAAGUCAACAGGCAAGUAGCUUGUUAUCAUUCCGCGUAUUGCUGAGAGCAUUGGUGGUCCGAUUAUUCAAAAUAUUGUAUUUCGAGAAGGAGCGAUUUUAGAGGAAUUAAAAAGCUCGGAGGAAUAUAAAUCUCCCGACCCGGACGAGGUCCCCGCAAAACUGCUUUCUGAACUUUCCCGUGAGUUGGCCAAACCGCUAUCCUUUCUGUGCCAAGCAUCGUCUACUGUUGGAAUCCUCCCCACAUACUGGAAAACGGUCCACACUACGCCACUUUACAAAAGCGGUUGUCGUGUACUUGCGACGAACUACAGACCCGUCGGCCUGAAAUCAAUCUCCCGUAAAGCCAUGGGGUAGAUCAUAAAAAGAAAGUUGAAGGCUUAUUUGGAAACGCCCAACCUUUUGUCCAAUGCACAAUACGGCUUCCGUAGGGAGAGAUCGUGUGUAACAAACUUGCUACACACAAUGCAAAGCUGUACAAGUGCACUGGAUGCAAAACACACGGUGCAUAUAGCCUACAUCGAUUUCCGGAAGGCGUUAGACAAUGUUUCGCACCAUUGUUUCGUUUACACGUUGAGGGUGAUGGACAUGGGCGGCAAAAUUCUUAAUUAGAUCGAUAGUUUCCUCGUCGGUCGUUCCCAAAUUCUUUGCGUGGAACAACACCAAUCAAGGCGCACAGACAUAGAGAGUGAAGUCCCACAAGGAUCAGCGCUCGGACCCACUCCCCUUCUCUUGUUUAUUAAUUAUUGUGUAGAGGAGUUGGAUUUUGAUUGCGCCAUCUUCGCAGGUGAUAAUACAAUCUGGAAAGUCAUCCACGGUACUGCUGACGAGAUCAACCUUAAAGAAAAUCUUUGUCGAUUGGACGAGUGGUCCCUCAGAUGGCUCCUGUCCUUCAGUUUGAACAAAUACACAAUACCGCGUUUUGGCAACCGAAAUCAGAUUCAUAAUACGCGACAAUAUCAUAUGAACGGGCUGCCGCUCCGAGAAACAGGAAAUUAGAAAAAUCUCGAAAUCUGGAUUGCAGACACUAAAGCGUUCUACGCAAUGUCGUAAGGCAGCUAAAGUCGCAACUUCAAUUCUGUACGCCACCAGACGAGCAUUCACAGUCUUGGACGGAGAGUGCUUCUCCAAAGUCUUUGGCACACUUGCAAGGCCGCAGUUUGAAUAUGCAAUCCAGGCCUGGAGGCCAUGGACGCAGCAGGAUUGUAAUUUACUCGACAAGGUGCAGAGGUGUGCCACAAAAGUAGAAAGAUGUCAAAGUGAACUGCCUUACGAGACCCUCCUGACUAACCUUGCUGUCUAUCCUCUGAGUUAUAGGCAUUUGCGCAGAGACUUGAUACAAACUUUCCGUAUUGCACGUGGCUUGGAAUGCGCCCUCCGGUGUGACAACUUUUCCCAAAUCGCCACUACAAAUAACCUCCGGGAACAUCCCUUCCAACUACGUGUCCCUAAAGGAAGAUUGGAUGUGAGAAAGUAUUUUUUCUCCAGCCGUGUAGUGGAACCGAGGAAUAACCUGCCUGAAGUGAUUGUAAUAUUUAAGUCGUUGGAGAAAUUUAAGUUUCGGCAAGACAGAUAUAUGUUACACUAUAAAAAUCAGUGCCCUAUGUUAAAUAAUGUCUGCAUUCAUUUGUUUCUGGAAUUUCUUUAUGUUGUUGCUAUUUUUUAGAUUUUUAUGUACAAAUAGGGAGUUCAAAGGCGUGAGCCUAUUUCUCUCAAAUUCACUGAACAGUGAACCUGCUGCUAAUGCCAGUUUACAAGCAUUGUCAAAGGAAGAUAAAACACUGAUCGGGCUAGCAAUGAAAAAACUGCUGAAAAAGUAAAUAUAGGCGAUGGCAUUUUUAGACAGUUUGGAUGGUUCAGGAGAAAAAACUGCUGCCCGUGAAAUGACGUCAGUCCAGAAAGGAAUUGUUAACACUACAUCGGAAGUUCUCAGCCACCAUUUCUUUUCAUGAAGUUGUGACUACACCACAGUUGAUCGCUGUCGGCUGAAGACAUUGGUCGUAGUGUUGCGGGCUGUAAAGUCAGCAACAUUUCUCACAGAAUGUGACCGGUCAGGGGGAUCAGAGACCCCGAAUGCCAUCACUACGGAAGACUAAUUGGGUGAAUUCAGUGCCCAAAAAUUGUGAGGGUUUUUGUGAAUGCAAGAAACGAGCAACAGUUCUUUUAGACAAAAAUAAUUCUGCAGAAUUUUCACAUUCCUGAGUAACUUGUUCCAGAUUACAGUCGUGUCCAUAGAAGAGUGCUGAGAAUAAUAAACGGUGCGUGCCAGAGGAAGAACUAAAAAGACCUCCCGGUGACUGUUACGUUAGGGAUGGUGAAGAUAUUUUAAAUUACCAAGCGGACUAAAAGCACGACUGUUUAAAAGCUUAAACAUUGAGAACAGUCCCUUUUAUAAUCGAUGGAAUCACAAGGGAUCAGGCCUACUAAGACCGCAAAGUUCUUGUUAGUCAUAUUUCGAAGUAUCGUGGUUAAAAGUCUCUUGGUAAAGAAUGUUGGAUGAAUUCUAUUUUCUUCCGAUCAGUAGCAUGCAAGGGGCUAGAUAUAAACGAACAGCAUUCCGCUCCAGAUGAAACGCAUAACGUAUAAUGGGGCAUUUUACUACCGCUAAUUUUAAAAUUUCACAGAAUAAACCUGGUUGUUCUGCGGCCUUUGAAGACUAUCAGGGUACAUCGAUCGGAAAGAUUAAGACUCUUGAAGUAUGAUAUUCUUAGAUCCUUUAUAACUUAAGUCACGUUUGUGUGCUGACAGUCAGUACUUAGUUGAGGCAGGUGGUCGGCGCCAACCACCAUAAGUCAGCUGACAACUGCUCACUCAACAUCACGAUCGAAGAGGACAUGCAAAGGAGCACGAACCUAUUCGCCGCCGUAUACGCCAACUUUGGCCUGACAAUCAAUACGGAAAAAUUGGUGGUCAUGAACCACUUGUAAUCAGACACGAAAUACAACACUCCUCUAAUCAGUGUCAACGACCGCCAACUUACUACUGCGGGCGACUUCGCCAAUCUGGGCAGCACACUGCUAUGUAACGCGAACACUGAAGACCGGGAUGCCCAUCGGAUCUCCAAAGCCAGCCAGGUCUUUGGCCGGCUGCAAGUCUCCGUGUGGAAUCGUCACGGCCUUCAACUUAACACCAAAUCGAAUAUGUACAAGGCUGUCGUCUUGACGACAGUUCUGUACGGAACGAAGACCAGGACCGUCUAAUUCAGGCAGGCCGGGAAGCUCAACCACUUUAAUCCCAACUGUCUCCGCAGAAUGAAAGUUAGCACGUUGUUGCCGACGAUGUUCACCGUGUGCUCCACAGCAAGGCGAGAGCAGGCACGGUGACUUGUUCGUUAAUAAGUUUACAAUGGGAGUAGACUCGCGCAUCAUCCACCGUACUUUCCACUCUUCCACACCCGACGUCAAGACAUAGUCAAAAUUACAGGGGGUAGGAGAAGACGCAGGUGGCUGACACAGCCGGAUCCGCAUUCAGGCGUAUCACCACACCCCUGAUCUACAAUAAACACUUGAUCAGGAUUUUAACCAACAACAAAAAUCUUCCUUCUUUCCAAUCUGCGAUUUAGUAAGGCGUUGACUAUGGACAACUUUCCCCCGGAAGUGCAACAUAUUUUAGCACCUACUUCUGACAUUCGUUCGGCCGCACAACCUAUUCAGAUGGCCAAAAGGCUUACGGAAACCCACUGUGUUUCUAAUCCAUCACUUUUCGCGCUCCUAAAUUCCAUGAUUUCGCCUGUCUUUCCUUUCGUACCUGAAUUCCGCAUUUGCGAAGCUUGCUAAGGCUAUUGCCUUCCUUCAAGAACAGGCAGUCUCCUCAUCAUCCCCGAGCCCGCCAAGAACAUCCCCCUGACAUGUGAGGUCUACACAUUCAGGUCGUCCCAACACAGUCACGACCUGCUGGAAUCACACCACCUUUGCUGCUAAAGCCCGUCGCAGCCCCUCUCCCUGCUCUUUCAUCUCCAGGCAGAACAAGCGGGCAAAACGGUUCAGCCUGAAAGUCAGAGCGACAAAUUUUCCUGGAAGCUCAAACCCUGGUCGCACCGUUUAUAUCCGUGACACCCGGAGUGGUAAGCGUUUCUUGGUCGACACUUGUGCGCAGCAGAUCGUCGAGACUGUCAACACAUCGCCCAUUACUACCAUCGGAAUCUACUCACUCUCCCCUGACAUCGGCUUUCGGCGUCUUUUCCCUAGGGUCUUCGUCAUUGCUGACAUGCCCUGUGCCAUUUUCGUGCAGACUUCCUCUCCACCUUCAAUCUUAUUGUCGACUGCCGUCAAUUUCGUCUAUACCACAAGACCAUCAACCUCACCGUCCGGAAUAUCUCUUCUCCUGACGCUUCACGUCAACUCGCCGUCGUAGACUCACAACCCGAGAAUCCAUGUCGGCAGCUCCCUGUCAAAUACCCUGGUCUCAGCCGUCCUAACUUCAGCGUUUCUACUCCAUCACACAGCGUUGUUCACCAUAUCCAGACGACUGGCCCUCCCGUGUCAUCUCGACCUCGCCGUCUCGAGGCUGCACGUGUUGCCGUCGCCAAGGCCGAGUUCGAACACAUGCUUCAGGUAGGCAUCAUCCGUCAAUCUGGAAGUCCAUGGUCCUCCUCUUUCAGGUUGGGUUCAAAGGCCAACAAUGGUGACUGGCGCCCCUGCGGUGAAUACAGGGCUUUGAACAACGAACCUUCCCGGAUCGUUGGUCUGUUUCAAAUCUUUACGAUUUUGUCGGCGCCCUAUGCGACAGAUCUGUGUUCUGGAAGAUCGAUCUGGCCCGUGUCUUCCACCAGAUUCCCAUUGUUCAAAGGGCGUUUCUAAGACGGCUAUCACCACUCCGUUUGGACUUUUCGAUCUCCUGCGUAUGCCGUUUGGACUCCACAACGUCUCCCAGAACUUACAAAUGUUCGUAGACAAAGUACUCCGUGGACUGUCGUUUGUCUAAGCCCCUAUUGACGAUCUAUUGGUAGCCAGUUCCAUUGCCGAAAAACAUAUAGAACAUCUUACAACGGUGUUUGACCACCUUUAACAAUCUUGCGUUGUUCUAAACCCGUCCGAAUGCAUAUUCGGUGUGGCCUCCCUCGAAAUUCUCGGACAUCCUGUUGACUCCAAAGUCACCCAUUCUCUUCCAUCGAAGGUUGCGGCCAUACGUGGUUCCCCGUCCCAUUUUCCAAACGUCCGCUAUAGAGACUUCUGGGCAUGGUAAAUUUCUACUGCCAGUUCCUCUCUCACUGUGCAACACCAUUCUGUCGCUCACGAGCCUCCUCUCGGGUCCCAAAGGUUCGUUAGAGCUUUCCACGGACGCCCUUGCAGCGUUUGACGAAGUGAAGGCUGCCCUAGCCGAGGACACCCUCAUUGCGUGCUUUAAUCCCGAUGCUCCCAUCUCCCUCAUGGUCGACCUCUCCAAUGUUGCGGUCGGCGCGGUUCUCCAACAACACCUUGCAGGUCUAGCUUUCUUCUCCAGGAAAAUGCUACCCUCCGAGGCGUGCUUUGACGCAUUUGGACGGGAGUUUUUUGCUGUGUUCCUCGCCACGAAACUCUUUCAGCUGUUCCUUGAGAUCAGGGAAUUCACCGCUUUCUCGGACCAUAAGCCCCUCUCUUUCGCUCUCAAGCGCACUUCUGGCAAGCUCAACCCGCGUGAAAUAAUCCGACUGAACUAG